AUGAUGAAUGCCCACGCCCGCCUAGUUGUGGCCUCCUCGGCUUUCACCCAUGCCCUCCCGCCAAACCCUAAACUCUCCAGCAGCAUCCGAUCACGAUGCACCCCACGCCGCCCAUCGCUUCCGAUGCCAUCACUUCGACAACUCCCGACGACUCUCCAAGCAACCAAGACGCUGCACCCAACGACGACGCCCGUCGUCACCGCGGACCGCGCUGCCGGCAGCUUCGCCGGCACCGACCGCUUCCAUGUGAUCGACUUCCACCACGUCGAGUUCUGGUGCGCCGACGCCACAUCCGCUGCCGGCGGCUUCUCCUUCGCGCUUGGGGUGCCACUGGCUGCGCACUCCGAUCUCACCACGGGGAACACCGCACACGCCUCCCACCUGCUGCGCUCGCGCUCCGGUCCUCUCGCGUUCCCCUUCACCGCCCCGUACGCGCGGCACAUCAGCGCCGACGACGACGCUGACGCGACGGCCGCCGCGUCCAACUGCUCCCCCGUGGUGCCCUCCUUCUCGGCCGACGCCGCGCGUCGCUUCGCCGCCAACUACGGCCUCGCGGUGCGCGCCGUUGCGGUCCGUGUCUCCGACGCCGCCGAGGCGUUCCGCGCCAGCGUCGCCGCGGGUGCGCGCCCGGCCUUCUCCCCAGCCGAGCUCGGCCGCGGCUUCGUGUUCGCGGAGGUCGAGCUCUACGGAGACGCCGUCCUCCGUUUCGUGAGCUACCCGGCCGACACGGACGUAGCCUUCCUGCCCGGGUUCGAGAGCGUCGUGAGCUCAUCAGAGUGUCCGGACUACGGACUCAACCGGUUCGACCAUAUCGUCGGCGGCGUGCCAGACCUGGCACCGGUCGCCGCGUACAUCGCCGGGUUCACGGGCUUCCACGAAUUCGACAGGGUCAACGGGGACGAAAUAGGCACGGCCGAGAGCUCGCUCAACGGCCUGGUGCUCGCCAACAGCUCGGAGAACGUGCUCCUCACGCUCCUGGGGCCGGUGCAGGGCACCAAGCGCCGGAGCCAGAUACAGACGUUCCUGGACCACCAUGGCGGGCCAGGCGUGCAGCACCUGGCGAUGACCAGCGACUACCUUCUCGGCGCGCUGGGAGAUACGUGCGCGGCGGCUCGCCGGGGAGUCGACGUGCUGUCCGAGGCACAAAUUAACGAGUGCCAAGAGCUCGGCGUGCGGGUGGACAGGGCUGACAGUGGCGGAGUUGUGCUUCAAACCUUCACCAAGGCUGCUGGAGACAGGCCAACCUUGCUCUUGGAGUUUAUCCAGAGGAUCGGGUGCGUGGAGAUAGAUGAGAACGGGAAGGAGUACCAGAGGGGUGGCUGCGGCGGCUUUGCCAAGGAUAACGUCAUUCAUCUCGUGAAAUCUAUUGAGGACUAUGACAAGACCCUUGAUGCUCCUGUCCGUGUGGCUUCCUAA